CGAAGACCUCUCAUCCGAGAUGGACAGCACCGAUGAGGACGUCGAAACCAAGAGGUUGCGCGAGCCGUCCUUCAACAUGGCUCCCGAGAUGAGCGGCUGCCUGCUGCAGUUCGCGGUGGACGUGUGCCGCAAGCUGCGCGAGGGCGGCAACACGCGCAACCUGCUGGUGUCUCCCCUGCUCCUAGCCGGCAUGCUGGUGAUGCUGCUGCACGGCUGCGCGUCUCGCACGUGCGCCUCGGCGGCCGCCCUGGGCAAGGCCCUGCACGUGCACUGGGCACCGUUCCGCAUGGCGCGCUCCUACGACCGCGUGGCGCGAGCCACCCUGGCGCCCUUCCGACGUCCCAAGCUGCACCAGCAGCGCUUCACCUACACCUUCUUCAUGGCGCUCUUCCACGACCACAGCGUGCCGCUCGCCCGCUCCUACUACCAGAUGCAGGAGCGUUUGUCGUACCUGCUGGUGAGACGCAACUUCGCGCACGACGCCGAGCAGUGUCGCCUCUCGAUGGACGCCUUGGCGCGCGCCGUGUCGUCCUUCUCCUUCAAGCCGGGAGUCGACAUCUUCCCGCGGGGCUCGGUGGACGAGCGCACCCUGGUCGUCCUGCUCUCGUGCAUCCGGCUGGAAGGAUCCUGGCGACAUUCUUUCCAGCAGGUCAGCGGAGACUUCCACGAGACGCCCGAGGCCGUCGUCACCGUGGCCAUGAUGCGACAGACGGGCUCCUUUCGCAUGUGCCGCAGCUCGGAGCUUGAGGUGACGGUGCUGGAGCUGCCUUACGAGAACCGCGACGUGUCGCUGGUGAUACUCCUUCCGCGACGCCUCGACGGACUCGCGGCGCUCGAGAAGCGCGUCACGGCUGCUCGCCUGCUUCACUGCGUGGCACGACUCGAGGAGCGGCACAACGUGACCGUGUACUUGCCCAGGCUCAAGCUGAAGAGCGUCACCGACCUGGGGCCCGUGCUGAAGGACAUGGGCCUAGGCGUGCUCUUCACCGACGAGGCGGACCUCAGGUACUUGAGCAAGGCACAAGGCGCGCACCUGUCGGGCGCCCGUCACGUGGCAGUGCUGCACGUCAACCGCAAGGGCGCUGUGGGUUCCGACGACGCCGUCUCCCCUCCACCCGUCGGUCGCGGAGUUAGCAGUGGCACUGCCACCCCGACAUUGGAUUCCGCCAGUCCGCCCACCAGUCCUACACCGGAAGGGACACUGUCACCUUCCGCUCCGGCUGCCGACUCGUCCAGCGGCAUGAGCACCGGCAACGCUUUCGACGAGCCGCUUCGCUCCACGUCGCAGUUCGUCGUCGACCGGCCCUUCAUGCUGCUCAUGCUCAAGAGAAGACCCGACGUCGUGCUCCUGCUAGGCACCGUCAAGAAGCUCGUGUAGCUUUCAAGGGGCCCGGCGAUGUGUUGGAUAUGCGAUCGCUGUAUUGCGUCGAGAUGCAGCUUCAAAAGCUGGUUGACAAAUGUAUG